AUGUCUGAAAUUCCAAAAACAAUGAAGGCUAUCGUUGUCGAUGGCGACAAAGCAGUUCUCAAAGAAAAUGUGGCAGUCCCAAAGGUGACUGGCACUCAGAUGCUGGUCAAGGUACACGCUGUGGCCGGUAAUCCUACGGAUUGGAAACAUGUGGAUUUCAAGAUUGCACCUCAAGGCUCAAUUUUAGGGUGCGACGUGGCGGGUGUCAUUGUGGAAUUGGGUCCUGAUGUUGACCAGAAGCGCUUCUCCGUCGGUAAGACUACAUUUGGUCCCGUUCACGGUGGUUCAAUCAAGUUCCCUGAAAAUGGAGGACAUGCUGAAUACGCAUUAUUGGACUCGGUCCUUUCGUACGACUUGGAACUUACCAAGAGCGACAGCAAGACGAUCCCAGAGGGCCCCGUGAGAAACUUCGAGUCUGCUGCGUCGCUGCCAGUUUCAAUUCUAACGGCUGGUGCCGUUCUCGACAUCCAUUUUGGCAAUAAGUUGGAAUGGGAGCCCAAAUCUCCUCAGCACGACUUCCCCCUUUUGAUCUGGGGUGGUGCCACCGGCGUGGGCCAGUGGUUGCUUCAAGUAGCCAAGCAAAUAAAUGCGUACUCGAAGAUCAUAGUAGUUGCUUCCAAGAAACACGAUGCUAUCUUGAAGCAGUACGGGGCCGACGACGUGUUCGAUUAUCAUGACAGCGACGUAAUUGAACAAAUUACAAAGAAAUACGGUGGACUAAAACACUUGGUGGAUGGUGUAUCGACUCCGCAAACCUUCCACCAAGUUUACAAGUGCGCUGCCGAUAACGCCACAAUCGUGCCAUUGAUGUUGUAUACAGAGAAGGACUUCAUUCCGGAGGAUGAGCGUAAGAAGGGCAUCAAAAUCGACGCUGCUCUUUUGUACUUGAUUAGUGGUCAUGACGUGCCAUUCGGAUCGAUCACUGUUCCUGCGAGACCCGAGUACCGUACCAAGACCUCGAAAUUCGUCGAGUUUUCGGAAUCAAGAAUUAAGAGUGGUCAAUUGCAUCAUAUUCCAAUCAAGAUUUACGAUGGUGGUCUAGCGGCUGUUCCGAAACUCAUGAAUGAUAUCAAGCACGGAGUGAAUUCUGGUGAGAAGUUGGUAGCUUCAUGGUAA